AUGGGCUCGAACCUGCGCCGAGAGCUUCACGACGGCUGGUCGUUCACUCAGAUCGGCGGUGGCGAGGGUACCAAAGACGGCGAGUGGCUCGAGACUGCCAGUUUCCCGACUUCGGUGCACGUCGAGCUGCUCAGGCUGAAACGCAUCCCGGAUCCGUUUCUUGGGCUGAACGAAUGGGAUGUUCAAUGGAUCGGUGAAUCAGAGUGGGCUUUCAAGAAGUCGUUCUCUGUCUCCGAAAGCGAGCUCUCUGCCCCCAAAGUCGAGCUUGUGUUCGAGGGUCUCGACACUCUCGCAGUCGUUGAACUGAAUGGAAAGAAGAUCCUGGAGACUGAGAACAUGUGGGUUGAACAUCGCAUCGACGUCAAGUCCGCUCUCAAUACUGGCGACAAUGAGCUACACCUCUCCUUUGCAAGCCCAUUCAUCAAGGGCCGGGCUCUUGACCAACAACACGGGAAGAACCAGUUCUGGAACGGCGAUAGCGGACGCCUUCAUAUUCGCAAGACGCAGUACAACUGGGGGUGGGACUGGGGACCUGUUCUCAUGACUGUCGGUCCAUGGAAGCCCAUCUACUUGCACACGUACACUCAUCGUAUCGCGGACCUCCGCGUCUCCUCGAACGUGAGCGAGGAUCUGAGCGUCACUGGACAGGUGACGUUCGACCUGGACGGCCCGGUAAAGGAGGGGUUGCAAGUCACGGCGAGCAUCAAGGCGGCUUCCGGCGCUCAGCUGGUCGCUCAGGAGCUCAGUGCUGGCACCGGGAAGUUCGAGUUCUCUCUCAAGCCUGAGGAGGUCGAACUUUGGUUCCCGAUCGGCUACGGCAAGCCGGCGCUGCAUACCUUCACAGUGGCCCUGAAGGACGAGCGUGGCAAUGUACACGACGAGAAGACAAAGACCAUCGGCUUCAGGCGUGCACAACUCAUUCAACGCGAACUGAUCGACCAGGACGGGCUAAGCUUCUUCUUUGAGAUCAACAACAUUCCCAUCUUCUGCGGAGGCUCAAACUGGAUCCCUGCGGACUCGUUCCUCACUACCAUGACGCCCGAGCGCUACCGUGAGUGGCUUGAGCUUCUCGUUCAAGGUAAUCAGAAUAUGGUCCGCGUAUGGGGCGGCGGAACCUACGAGGAUGAAAGCUUCUACGACACAUGCGACGAGCUCGGUAUCCUCGUCUGGCAGGACUUCAUGUUCGGCUGCGGGCAGUACCAUGCCUACAAGGAGUUCGUCGACAAUGUUAAGGUUGAGGCCGAACAGGCAGUCAAACGCCUGCGUGACCACCCGUCAAUCAUCAUCUUUGCUGGCAACAACGAAGAUUACACGCUCGCCGAAUCUAUGAAUAACAUCCCUCUUCCCGCCGCACCCGCGAUCUACGAGGGCAUCCUUCCCGAGAUCGUCGCCAAGUUCAGUGAGAUCGUCUACCACCGCGGCUCGCCGUACAGUGGGCACGGAAAGGAGUCCAACGAUGUCAAGUACGGUGACUGUCACCAGUGGAACGUAUGGCACGGCAUGCAGGAGCCAUGGCACAACUGGGACAAGCUUUCUGCGCGCUUCGUCUCCGAGUUUGGGAUGCAAGGGUACCCCGACAGACGCACUGUGGAUUACUGGAAUGAUUGUAAUACGUUCGAACGCUACCCUCAGUCCAGGACGAGCAUGAACCACGACAAGGCCGAGGGAUCUGAGCGCCGUCUUGAGCUUUACCUGAUGGAGAACUUCAAACACGCCUUCGACAUGGACAGUUACAUCUACUACACCCAGAUCAUGCAAGCCGAGACCCUCUCUUCCGCGUACCGCCUCUGGCGCCGCAACUGGAAAGGGCCGGGCAAGGAAUACACGGCGGGCGCCAUCGUGUGGCAGAUCAACGACUGCUGGCCGUGUGUCUCUUGGGCGAUUGCGGACUAUUUCGUCCGCCCCAAGCCGGCCUUCUUCGCCAUCGCGCGCGAGCUGCGCCCCCAGACUGUUGGCAUGGCGCGUAGAGAAGUGAAGAACUACCCCGACCCUCUGCGCGCUGGACUCGUCGAGAUUCGUUCCACGCUCGAAGUGUGGGGUACGAACUCGACGCUGAAGGAGAAGAAGGCGACGUUGAAGAUCACGGCGUUCGAUCUUGAAGAUCCCCAGUGGACGAACGAGGAAGUCAAGGAUGUCGUACUCGCGCCGAAUGCUGCGACGGAGCUGUGGGCGGGUGAUGUGCCUGGACAGCCUGUACGGACGAAGCUCAGCGAGGUGCCGCGGCCUAUCAUCAUCAGCGCGCGCCUAUUCGAUUCGGACGGCUCUGUUCUGGCGCGCUACGCAAAUUGGCCUGAACCAUUCAAAUAUCUUCACUUCCCUCCCGUCAAAGACCUCGGCCUGAAGAUCACUGUGGGGGCCGACGGCGAGUCGGUUGAACUCUCCGCGUCACGCCCGAUCAAGGGCAUCAUUCUCGAUGUCGAAGGCGAAGAUGCGAAGUGGUCUGACCAAGCCAUCGACCUCGUUCCAGGCGACCCGCAGACUGUGAAGGUUACCGGCCUGAAAGGCCGUCAAGUCAAAGCUCGCUUCCUCGGAGACGGAACUGCUUGA